AUGGAUCAGCAACGGCACAGCGACCGCACAAAGGGUUGCCCAAUAUGUGAAGGGCAGCACACGAUCCAAGACUGCAAGGAUUUCAUCCAUGCUUCUCCAACAUCCCGAGUUGAGUUGGUGAGGGAGCAUCGGGUCUGUUUCUCGUGCCUGGAAAGUGGACAUAUGGUCAGGUUCUGCAAAAGGGACAAGAAAUGCACUGUCUACGGAUGCCAGAGAAGGCAUCAUUACCUACUGCACGACGGAUUGGACAAUCCCAGACGGCCACUACAGUCAUACAGUGGACCACGGAGGGACCAACAAGGUAAUCGCAAGCGAUCACUGUAUAACGGCGGUGAUCAACGGAGGGAUGACCCACAAACAUCGCAGCCAUCAGAUCCGACCCCGAGGAGGUCCCUAGACGAAAGGCAGGUGCCAAAGGACGUCCCUGAAGUCGCACACCGGAACCUAAGCUGCGUCGAUUCGGAUGGAGGUCCUCUACUCUUCCGCAUCUUGCCCGUGACUCUGUACGGGGAAAACAAGCAAGUGGACACCUACGCCCUGUUCGACGAAGGCUCGUCCGUAACAAUGAUGGAUGACGAGCUCGCGCAUAGCCUAGACCUGAAGGGCAAGAGUCGACAGCUGAACAUUCAAUGGUUUGGCGAGAAGUCCUCGAGCGAGAACGCGAAGAUGGUGAGCUUGCAGAUUAGCGGAACUGGGAAGCCGAAACGCCAUGGGCUAAGGAAUGUGUACGCGGUCUCGGAUUUGAAUCUACCGAUGCAAAGCCUGCGUCGAGAAGAUGUCAAAACGACGAGGACCAGUGCACGUUUGCCGAUCAAGCCUUACUGUAACGCAGUGCCGAAGAUCCUGAUUGGAUUGGAUCAUGCGCACUUGGGAAUACCUAUGCAAAGUAGGAGCUAUGGAGCAGGAGGACCAUAUGCAGCUGCCACCAAGCUCGGAUGGGUGGUGUUUGGUCCGGAUAGUUUUCUGGAGAAGAUGGUCAGCGACUACUUCGAAAUAGAGAAUUUCGGGGUGAAGCCAGCGCCGCCCGUCGCAGCUAGCGGUGAUGCACGGGCUCUGAAGAUUCUCCAGGAGACGACCAAACGAACGGGCCAACGAUUCCAAACUGGUCUGCUAUGGAAGGAGGACGACACGAGUUUGCCAAACAGCUACAACAUGGCACUCAAGAGACUGGUCAACAUCGAGAGGAAAAUGCGGCGUGAUGCGAACUUCGCGCAGGCUUACAAUGGAAUCAUGGAUGACUGCGUCAAGAAGGGAUACGCACGACGGCUAGAGCAGCAGGAAGUCACUUCAGUCAACAGUGACAAGGUCUGGUACCUGCCGCACUUCGGGGUCGAGAACCCAAACAAGCCCGGGAAGAUUCGUCUGGUGUUUGAUGCGGCCGCCAAGGUUGGUGCAGUGUCCCUGAAUUCAGCUCUGCUUAAAGGUCCACAGCAGUACAAAUCGCUCCCAGCCGUGCUCUUCCACUUUCGGGAAGGAGCAGUGGGAGUAUGCGCAGACAUCAAGGAGAUGUUUCAUCAGGUGUUGAUACAGCCACAGGACAGAUGUGCCCAGAGAUUCCUGUGGAGGAACGGAGACGACCGGCGGGAUCCAGACCUGUACGAGAUGGAGGUGAUGACGUUCGGAGCCGCAUGUUCACCGUGCUCAGCGCACUACGUCAAGACCCUAAAUGCCUCAGGGUACCUCCACACAGAUCCCCGCGCGGUGCUGGCCAUCAAUGAGUACCACUAUGUGGACGACUACGUGGAUAGCUUUGCAGACCAGAAAGAAGCUAUCGCUGUAUCAACACGGGCUUUGAACCCACAAGGAUCCAAUAUGAAUGUCGAAUGGACCGAAGCUGAGGAGAAGAUACUGGGCAUGUUCUGGCAGCCGGCUACAGAUGACUUCAAAUUCAGCGUCAAGUACCAUCGGGUGGCCAGCAGCGUGAUGACCGGGGAACGUGUCCCCACCAAAAGGGAGUUCCUAAGCCUCGUCAUGUCUACCUUUGACCCGAUUGGAUUCUUGAGCUGCUACCUGGUGACCGCCAAAGUUCUGAUGAGAGAGAUUUGGCGGAGAGGAGUGGACUGGGACGAGCCGCUGCCAGCAGAAUUGGCCACAGCGUUUGAGAGCUGGCGGCUAGACAUGAACUACGUGAGAGGAUUCCGAUGUCCGCGCCACUACUUUGGCGUCGGAUGCGUGCGGGAUCUGCAGUUGCACGUCUUCGUGGACUCAAGCCAAUCGGCGUUCGCUGCGGUGGCUUACUGGAGAGCCACAUAUAAUGACGGCAAUGUGCAGGCACAUUUUGUAUGUUCCAAAACGAAAUGUGCCCCGAUGAAGACCAUGUCGAUACCACGACUGGAACUUCAAGCAGCCGUACUGGGAACGAGACUGAUGGACACCGUAAAAAGGGAGCACGGUGUAUCGAUCAGCAGCUGCGUACUCUGGACCGACUCCAAAACGGUUCUGCACUGGAUAAGCAGCACCCACCGGCGCUACAAGCAGUUCGUUGGAAACCGGGUGGCGGAGAUCUUGGAGUCCACAGAAGCAUCACAAUGGAGAUGGAUACCGUCUGCCGAAAACGUGGCAGACGAUGCGACGCGGCCGCAAAUCCACGUGGAUCUGGAUCAAGAAUCACGUUGGCUAAGUGGGCCUCCCUUUCUACGGGAACCUGAGGACGAGUGGCCGAAAUCUUCUUCGGGUGAUGGUGGCUACCCGCGAACCGCGGAUGAAGAAGAGAUGCCAUGUGAGUUUGCGCUGGUUAUAGCAAACUCCUUUAUAUCUUUCCAGAGGUUCUCAAGCUACAACCGAUUGGUCAGGGCCACUGCCUGGGUCCUCCGGUUUAUCCGACGGUGUCGCGGACACCGUGAGAAGAGCGACGAGUACGGGCUAACUGCGGCUGAGUGCGCCGAGGCAGAGCGCACGCUGAUCCGGUUGGCGCAAAGUGAGGCGUUCGCUGAGGAGACGCAACGGAAGACUGUCACAAAGGACAGCCAAUUACGAGGGCUGUCGCCAUACGUCGACGAAGACGGAGUCAUACGUGCGUGUGGAAGGAUCGAUGCGGCCGCGUGCAUGCCAUUCAGUGCGCGGCGCCCGAUCAUACUGUCGCACAAACACGCACUGGCAGAGAUGAUCGUCGGUCAUUACCACGAUAAGAUGCGGCAUCAAAACCUGGAUGCGACCAUAUGCGAGAUCCGGAAGAGGUUCUGGAUAACCAACUUGCGGACGUUACUACGGAGGGUGGUAACCAAUUGCCACAUCUGCAAACUGCGAAGAGCACGACCCAGACAGCCAAUGAUGGGUCCCUUGCCAGAGGACCGGCUCGAGGCCAAUGGAUGGCCAUUUAAGUAUACCGGCCUGGACUAUUUGGGGCCGCUGAUGGUGACGAUUGGACGUCGAACGGAGAAGAGGUGGGUCGCACUGUUCACCUGCCUAACUACAAGGGCCAUCCACUUGGAAAUGGCACAUGAUUUGUCGACAGAUUCGUGCAUCAUCGCGAUGAGGAACUUCAUGUGCCGCCGUGGACCUGUGGUCAGGAUGAGAAGCGACAACGGAAAGAACUUCGUCGGUGCUGACAGAGAGGCCAGGAAAUUCAACGAAGUCUUCGAACCGGAGAAGAUCCAGGGCGAACUGUCGUCCAGAGGAGUCGAAUGA